CCAGGAAGUAGCGUAACAAAAACAAACGAGAUGUGUAUGAAGUAUACGGUAUAUGGUGUGAACUGUGUAGUCUGAUGACGUUGACUGAAUACUUAAAUGCAAAUUACUUUAACAUAAGUGUUUAACAUAAGGGACAUGUACGAUACUGUCGCCUUUCAUGCUCAGCUAGCCUCCAUCAUUGAGGUUUUGGCAAAUGCAGCCGUUGCCGAAAUCUGCAAACUUGUAGAUGACGGCCAUGCUGCCUUACGGUUGGAAAUUUCCCAUAGUCAGAAAGAAAUCGACAACAUGCGGAGGAAGCUGCUUUUGACAAAAUUCCAGAAUUCUCGAAGGAGCGCAGAGAGAUUUGGAGCCCUGCGACGCACAGUUCACAGGCGCGUGGACAGCGGUCAUAUUGGUCGGGGAAGAGGGAGCUUCGUAGGAAAGUCAACAGGCAGAUGGAAAAUCGUCUUGCCGACAGUGAAGGAGGCAACUUUAUGCAGGAUGUCACCAACUGGAGAGACGCAGGACUCACAGGGAUAGACCAGGAUGGGGGCAUGCAGAUGGCAGACAUGCAAGAGGCACCUCUUAUCAAAAUGGAGAACUUUCACACCAGCAGAACAGAAGAGAUUGUCCAACUGGUCAGUGAGAGCAGUGAGAAGAUCAUUGUGGCAGAACCAGGUUCUUCGUCGUCUACUGAAACCACAGACCCUCUGGACCAGCAGGGCAACAGACACAGAGCUCCAGACACCUCACUCAAUAUAGAACCUGAAAACCAGACCUUCCAGAAUCCAGCAUCACAAUACAACAGAGCAAGACAGGACCAUCAGGUUGCUGAGGGUGUGACCUGGGAAACUGACCAUCAACCCAUAGAAUACAGCCUGUCCCAAUGGACAGAGAACCAAGAGACUGACAACCGAACUGUGAAUGCUCCUCACAAUUCCGGGCCAGACUCCAAAAGGCUGUCUGGACAUCCAGAGAGGAGAGGGAUGUCUGGUAACUCUGGGAUCUGCAUGUCUGCUUCAGGCUCUCUGGACUGGCUGCCUGAUGUGGUGAUGGUGGACUCAGUUCCCAUUAAAGUGGAGGCAGAUAUGAGUUCAGAAUGGAGCCUAACUGGCCAAGAGGCGACAUCUGGAGAGGUCUGUUCAGACGGCAGGCAGCUUGUGGACAACAGAGGAAGAGGGGGAAUGGAGUCUGGACAGACAAAGUGUCCCCCUGACACUCAACAUGCAGAGCAAGGGACAACUGUAGGAUCAAGGUCCAAGAUGUCAGAUUUCAAUGGACUGUCCUCCCUAAACAGCUUUUCAUCCCCAAGGGUUACUCUCCACCAGGUUCCCCAAAGAGGGAAGCUAGCCCACUUCCCAAAUUUCAACAGAGGCUCCACUUCUUCACCGAAAGGCAUAGAAAAGCAGCCACAACAGCUGACGUCUCACUCCACCCAGAGGCAGCUCCGGUGCAGCCUCUGUGGAAAGCCCUUCCACCAGCCGGCGCACCUGCGGAGUCACAUGCGGGUCCAUACGGGGGAGAAACCGUACGGCUGCAGCCACUGCACCAAGCGCUUCUCCCACAGCCACCAGCUGAAGAUGCAUGAGAGGGUGCACACCGGAGAGAAACCAUUUCAAUGUGUCUACUGCGGGAAGUGCUUCACCCAGUCCGGCCACAUGAAGAAGCACCUCCUCGUACACACUGGUGGCAGGCCACAAGAUGUUGUGCUGCCCUAAGUGGAGUUUUUCUUCACCACGUGACCAGACCAGGGAAAAACUGGUCUUCCCCCAUAGUUCCUGUUCCCAUGUGUCUAGUUCCUCUUCCACCCUAGUUGUAAGGGGAAUGGCGCCACACUACUGGGGUUUUCAUAUGAACACUGGGUCCAUGUGUUUUUAACAGUUUGGAUAGUUACCACAUUGAACGCUUCCCUCUGUGUGUAGUGGUUGUGUUUUCAGUUCAACUGGCUUGAUGCUUGGUCCAGAGUGGACUGAUAAUGUAUAUUAUUAAAGCUGAAGAUCUUAAACAUUACAUUUUAGUCAGUUAGCAGAAGCUCUUAUCCAUAGCAACUUAAGUGCAAUAAGGGUUAAGUGCUUUGCUCAAGGCACAUCAACAGAUUUUUCAGCUUGGUUGGCUUUGCGAUUUGAACCUGCGACUUUUCGGUUACUGGCUCAACGCUCUUAACCGCUAGGCUACCUACUGCUAGGCUACCUACUGCUAGGCUACCUACUGCUAGGCUACAUCCUUAUGAAUUUGUUACCAAUUGUAUUCAUAUCAAACAGUAGUUAAGUGUUCAGGAAGCACUGGACAGGUGCCUAGGCGAGCGAGGUCUGUUGGUGGUCGAGAGCUCGUUGCUCGUUUAUGUUUUUACUUGGAUGAACAGAGCCGGGGAGGAGGAGGAAGGCGCAGGGUUCCCGCAUGCCAGCACACUCCUGGGCCUGGAAACGGACCUGGCGACCCAGCAGUUGCAGGGAGAGAGAGUGCUGACUGGAAUGAAUCCCCAGAGGUACCAUGGUCUGGGGAAACUUCAUCUCCUGGAGAGAUCUGAUCCUGAACCCCAGUCGUUACUGAAAGGAGAAGCCAGUACAGUGUGGUUACAGGUUACAGUGAAUGACGACAUGAACCAUUAUAUGCUCACUACAUGCUUGCUGCGCUACUUACACCCAUAUUACCAAUGUUAUUAUUACAAAUGUUUAUUUUUAUUUACAAUGUUGUAAUUUAUUGUAAAAACAAAAGGCAAUGUUUAGCUAUUACUCAGGACAAUAAGAAAUCCCAUUAUCUAUUUAUCCAUUCUAUAUCCAGAUAUUUAAAUCUUUCUACUGUUACAUUGUUCAGUGUUAGAGUGCGUUCUCAGUGUGGUGCUUCAGUUAGUUUUGAGACUACUAACCCUUAGCCUACUAUUCAAUUGACUUUAAAUUGAAGGAAUGUAUUUAUUCCCUUUAAAUUCAGGUUGUAUGCUGAUUCUGUAUUUUUCUACUUGAUCCAAUUAGUAAAAUAAUCAUAUUUGGA